AUGCCUCGUUAUGAACAAUAUGUUAGCGCUGGAUCUAAUCAUCCAAAUAACUCUCCUUCCGUUAUCAUCAUUCUCCUCACCAUCGUUGUUGAACUCUUUGGUGCCAGUACUGAACUUCUCCAACUUAACUUCAUGUUUCCAGAGCCUCCGGAUGAAUUCAACAACACCACCCACCACCAAUCUGAAGAACCCCAACGAUCUCUCUGUCGGUAUAAACUGCCGGGUCAGGCUGCCUGUCAAGGGUUCAAUGUUCGAUUUGAUUCAGGGAUGUGCGAGUUGUAUCGAUUCCAAUCGGUUUAUUUUGCACAACAGUUCGGAUGUGUUUAUCACGCGUUGAAACCAGUAAAUAGAAAAGGCAUCGUUGUAACACCAGUAUAUCCCUACCAACAGUUGCUCAACAAACCACCUCCACCUAAAAACAAACCAACACCAACUUUCACCUUUCUGGUUCAAAUAAAACUCAAGCCAGACUCAACUGCCUUCAACAAAUCUUGGUCUCAGUUCAAAGUCGGUUUUUCGGAUCCAAGUUUGUCGGUAUCAUCGAGCAACACUUCGGAUAAUAACGAUUCCGGGGUUAAGGAUAAAAUGAGUGUCAGAUUUUGCGGUACUACAUCUUGGGAUGCCUAUUGGAUAGGUAAUGAGUUAUUGUACCAGCUGACGAACAAAUAUACAUGCAGCCUCCAUGUUUAUCUCUCCGUCAACGAUUCUGGAAGAGAGGAACUUUACUAUUCACAUUACGACCGCAUGGUUGUCGGGGGGCAGACUGUUAACUACCAAUUGAUCACUUUGAACUACUUCGGUGGAAAUCUGAGCACAGCUACUGGUCUCUCGUCCAGGGAGGGGAGGUACUUCUCGACGUAUGACGAUGACAACGAUCCAGACUCCAAUGUUAACUGUGCUCUCGCCUACGCAGCAGAACACGAUGUUCAGAGGUCAAACCAUCUGAUCACAAGUGCAAUCUACCAAAUUUCACAAUACCAAGUGCCAAAAAACAAGAGCGUUCAAAGAAGUGACGAUGUUGAUUCAAUAGAUGAAAAUGACGUCACUGAUGUUGAUGACGUCACUGACUUUCCAUCAUUUGAUCCAUAUCCUGACGAGGCGGAUUCCAAUGAUGACGUUGAAACUCUGCUCAUUUUGCUGCUGUUUACUGGAAGAGAGGAACUUUACUAUUCACAUUACGACCGCAUGGUUGUCGGGGGGCAGACUGUUAACUACCAAUUGAUCACUUUGAACUACUUCGGUGGAAAUCUGAGCACAGCUACUGGUCUCUCGUCCAGGGAGGGGAGGUACUUCUCGACGUAUGACGAUGACAACGAUCCAGACUCCAAUGUUAACUGUGCUCUCGCCUACGCAGCAGAACACGAUGUUCAGAGGUCAAACCAUCUGAUCACAAGUGCAAUCUACCAAAUUUCACAAUACCAAGUGCCAAAAAACAAGAGCGUUCAAAGUUAA